AUGAAACUAGCGGACCCCCGGGCCACACUCGUCGCACCUAGGCAUCAAUCAAGGCUUCGCUCGGUCAUCCCACGGAACGCCUUUGGCUCCGCAAUUGGAAUUCUGAACGUUGGUUCAAAGGACAGCCUUCUCUGCCUCACCGAUGAGGUCGCCUAUGCCAAGCUCAACCGUCUCUCCUCGGUUCGAACAACCAUCCGCUAA